AUGACGCCCAAUGUCGUUCUCAAGAUCGACACUCAACAACUCCCUGCUGCUCCAGUUGAACUGUUCUGGAUUGACCAGGCUGGGAGCAAGCAUCGCCGGAAGCUGAUCAACACCCAUACGCAGAAAAGAUCGCGUCGGCUCAAGCGCUUGAACCACGCCUCUUCCCACUUUGCGGAGCGGAAUUCUGACAUGAUGGCAGAGUUGAGGUGCUGUACAAAGUACGAUACUCUUGAUGACAAGGCUCCCGCGGCAUCGGGUGACUCGCAGUGUAUUGCACUGACGAAGGAAGCGAGAUCCCUCGAGAAUGCUCUCAAGAUCGAAGAGAAUUCUACAUUGUGCACCUCGCUCAGUCCUGCGCCAUUCUCAAGCAUCCUUCUUCUUGACCUUGACCCCUUUGACCGUCUAUCAAGAACGUUGAACAAUCAUGCCGGGAAUCUGCUCAAUUUUGCACAAACUCUGGCUUUGAACACAGACACCAUAUCAUCUCACUGGGGCAAGUCAUGCGUAGCGGCUCUCGGCCUUUCAUGGAGCUUUUCAUAUCCUGUAAAGCUUCUCAACCUUCUCGAGCGAGUAAGUGCUUACAUCGAUACGGUCCAGGGCAUUGAAACCAGUCAGCGGACCAUUUUCUGGCGUCAGGCCUCAAUACAGCGUUUGGCGACACUCAUAUCUGAUCCACAUACGAGGCAUGGCGAGGAGGUGUUAUCUGGCAUCAUUGCUCUGCUGCAUGGGUAUCUGCACCGGUACCGAGGGGAUGACAAGGGGUCAGUGAUGAUAGUUGGACCUCACUCGGCCGGUCUGAGGGACUUUGUUUCGAAUGUUGGAGGCUGGGACAAGCUUACCCUCACCACGCAAGUCGAACAAUAUGUCAGGAUGGCCAUGAUCAUGACGAGCCUUCGACUUGCUUCAUAUCUCGACGACCACAGGGAAAGCAGUCGUGGCAGCGAGUCCCUCCUUGGUUGGCACGCCGAGAUUGAUCAGGUGGUCUCGCUGUUCACGCAGAUGGAGGCCUGGGCUCUGCAGCACGACCCCGGAUCCUCCCAGAAAGAUCCCGAGCCCCUACUGGACGAACUUGCACGGCUUAUCGCUGGGACUACUGGGAUCUGCAACCAUUGUCACAAGCUAUUUGUCUUAGUGUGGCUCAGUUUGACGCGGUGGCAUUCGAGAAUAAUUCCUGGACAGUACCAAGAUACCCUCCAGACUCUCGAGCGUCAAUUUCAGAGUCUGCCGCACCGAGCACUGCCUGAUUUCUCGUGGGCGAUUGUGUCCUCACGAGUAGGGAACGCAAAGAGCAAUUGGCAAACCAUCGAAAUCCUGAAAGUUUUACAUCGGGCAAGGUCUUCAACCCAAGACCAACUCUGUCGGUGGCUGUUUAACUUUGCUCAUGGGACAGUCGAGGAUGGAUUCAUGGGGAUGCAGAGCUGUUUGAGUGAACUAUUGGUGCGGGAUCCUCUUUUCGGUCAGCCAGAGGGCAACGACACAGGUGGGCAGAGGGGCUCAUAG